CCGUGCGUGACGAGCGGCUAACACACUGUUUUUUUUUAGUCUCAAAAUUCUAACAAAUUUAUUGAUAAACUAGCAAUAUGCUCGUUUCGCCCCACCCCCGCUGCGUGCACCGAUAUUAAAGCGCCCCAAAUCGUGCUAAUGGAGCAAUAUCGACGCCGUGCAAAUCGACGAAUUAACAGCCGCCGCUUCCAUUGAAUCGAAAUACCCAGCCCAAAAAAAAGAGAAAGAAAAAGUAAAAGAAACGCGUGCGAGAGCGAGAGGGCUAGAGCGACCAGGGGGAGAAAAGCAAAAUCGAGUGAAUUUUGUUUGUUGUAUCGGCUUUUCCCUGGAUUAAUCCCGUUUUCCCUGUGAUUUUCCCCCACCAACUUUCCACGCCACCUCCCCCUCGCAUCCAUCGCAUUUCGUUUUGAUCGCGUUUUAUAUCGUCGAGGAGUUUUCCCGGGGAUUUUCGCAGUCGGCGCAGCUAAAAUGGACGCGGACAGGGGCGGUGGGCAGGAGACGAAGGUGAUAUACCACAUCGACGAUGAGACGACGCCGUAUCUGGUGAAGAUCCCCAUUCCAUCCGCCCAGGUGACGCUGCGCGAUUUCAAGCUGGUGCUGAACAAGCAGAACAACAACUACAAGUACUUCUUCAAGUCAAUGGACGCCGAUUUCGGUGUGGUCAAAGAGGAGAUAGCCGACGACUCCACCAUACUGCCCUGCUUCAAUGGGCGAGUGGUGUCCUGGCUGGUCUCCGCCGACGGUACCAAUCAGUCUGAUAACUGCUCCGAGCUGCCAACCAGUGAGUGCGAACUGGGCAUGGGUCUGACCAACAGGAAGCUACAGCAGCAACAGCAGCAGCAUCAGCAGCAACAGCAGCAACAACAGCAACAGCACCAGCAGCAGGUCCAACAGCAGCAGCAGCAGGUGCAGCCUGUCCAGCUGGCGCAGCAGCAACAGCAGCAGGUGCUCCAUCACCAGAAGAUGAUGGGCAAUCCGCUGCUGCAGCCGCCACCGCUCACAUAUCAAUCGGCAUCCGUGCUCUCCAGCGAUCUGGACUCGACCAGUCUCUUUGGCACCGAAUCCGAAUUGACGCUGGACCGCGACAUGACCGACUAUAGCAGCGUGCAGCGAUUGCAGGUGCGCAAGAAGCCGCAGAGGCGCAAAAAACGGGCGCCCAGCAUGUCGCGCACCUCCUCGUACAGCUCCAUAACCGACUCGACCAUGUCCCUAAAUAUCAUUACCGUCUCCAUCAACAUGGAGGCGGUCAACUUUCUGGGCAUAUCCAUUGUCGGCCAAUCGAAUCGCGGCGGCGACGGCGGCAUCUACGUGGGCAGCAUCAUGAAGGGCGGCGCAGUGGCACUCGAUGGACGCAUCGAGCCGGGCGACAUGAUCCUGCAGGUGAACGAUGUCAACUUCGAGAACAUGACCAACGACGAGGCGGUCCGUGUGCUGAGAGAAGUGGUCCAGAAGCCGGGACCCAUCAAGCUGGUGGUGGCCAAGUGCUGGGAUCCGAAUCCCAAGGGCUACUUCACCAUUCCGCGCACGGAGCCGGUGCGACCCAUCGAUCCCGGUGCCUGGGUGGCGCACACCCAGGCCCUCACAUCGCACGACAGUAUUAUUGCCGACAUUGCGGAGCCGAUCAAGGAGCGACUGGACCAGAAUAACCUCGAGGAGAUCGUUAAGGCGAUGACGAAGCCGGACAGCGGCCUGGAGAUCAGGGAUCGCAUGUGGCUAAAGAUAACGAUUCCCAAUGCAUUUAUCGGCGCCGAUGCGGUCAAUUGGGUGCUAGAGAAUGUGGAGGAUGUGCAGGAUAGGCGGGAGGCGCGAAGGAUCGUCUCGGCGAUGCUGCGCAGCAAUUACAUCAAGCAUACGGUCAAUAAGCUGACCUUCUCGGAGCAGUGCUACUACGUGGUGAACGAGGAGCGCAAUCCCAAUCUGCUGGGCCGAGGACAUCUGCAUCCGCACCAGCUGCCGCACGGGCAUGGCGGCCAUGCGCUUAGCCAUGCGGACACCGAGAGCAUCACCAGCGACAUCGGGCCGCUACCGAACCCGCCCAUCUACAUGCCAUACUCGGCCACGUACAAUCCAAGUCACGGCUAUCAGCCGAUCCAGUACGGCAUCGCCGAGCGACACAUCUCGUCGGGAUCGAGUAGCAGCGAUGUGCUGACCAGCAAGGAUAUCUCGGCGUCGCAGAGCGACAUCACCUCGGUGAUCCAUCAGGCCAAUCAGCUGACCAUCGCCGCCCAUGGCUCCAACAAAUCCUCCGGCUCCUCCAAUCGCGGCGGCGGCGGAGGAGGCGGCGGUGGCGGCAACAAUACCAACGAUCAGGACGUAUCCGUAUUUAAUUACGUAUUGUAGAAACCUUUCUUUUUGCAAUCAAAUUGUGUUUUUAAUUAAUUAAAUUAAAUAUGUACGAUUAUUCUUUUUUAUAUACGAGUAUACAAAGCAAGCAAACAGCAAACCACAAUAUAAUAAUUAUAAUUAUAAUAAUAAUAAUAAUAAUAAUACUUAUGUAUAUGUAUGGUAUGUGUAAGUCAUAGAAAAGAACGCGAAACACCCAGCCGCAACGAGUCAAGGAUCAGCGAGGGCUCGUGAGGCAGCAGGAGGAGCAGCACAGGGAUAUCCGUGUCCGGCAGCAAUCGGUUGUGGACCCGAUCAGAUCAGAUCAACUGAGAUAUAUGAUAUAUGAUAUAUAUAUAUAUAUAUAUAUAUAUAGGAACGGAUGAUGCGCAGCGGAGCGGAGCAGCAGGAACGGCAGCACGACGGGCGAGAAUGAUUUUGAAUAAAGUUCUAAGAAUUUAGUAAUCACAAAGUAAAUAAAUACAAAUAAAAUGAAUAA